AUGUCGGACUUCGAUUCGGAUGACCCUCAACCCACCUCCAUCCCCUUCUCCACCAUAGUAGCAAGCUCUACCAGGCUUCGUCAAUGCACCUUCAUCCUCGUUCCUAACAGACUGCUGUUCCUCCUGGACUCUCCGGAGUUUUUCCGCAACUCCCUCGGCUGGGCAGAGAGGGCGUCGGAAGGAGGGCAAGAGUCCAAAAACAAAACAAAACAACCCAAACAGGGCGAGCCAAGAGUUCAGGCAGACGACCUGGAGGCCAUCUCAGAUGCAGCAAGAUCUCUGGAGGUCGACCUCUCGGUAGCAGGAUCUUUGGCGGAUGGCCUGGAGGCAAAACUCAGUAUAGCGGGAUCUCUGGACCUCCCUGGUGUAGCAGAAUGUCUGGAGACCGUGUGUGUUGGCCUCGGAGCUUGGGUCUUGGCGGACAUCGCUGACUCAGAUGAAGUGUUAAAAGCUGGACUUGGUUUUAAUAUUGACUCUGGCCUCUGGAAGACCCUGAGUGAUCCUGCUGCAGGUUUUGGCUACCAGGUGGUGCAAAGAGGGCCAUCAAAUCUCCUCGUCAGCGCUCCACUUGAACAGUAUGGAAAAGAUAAAAGAGGACAGAUAUUUGAGUGCUCAACAACGAAUUGCAACAUUCUGGGGUCUGCAGUGUUAAAAGCUGGACUUGGUUUUAAUAUUGACUCUGGCCUCUGGAAGACCCUAAGUGAUCCUGCAGCAGGUUUUGGCUACCAGGUGGUGCAAAGAGGACCAUCAAAUCUCCUCGUCAGCGCUCCACUUGAACAGUAUGGAAAAGAUAAAAGAGGACGGAUAUUUGAGUGCUCAACAACUAAUUGCAACAUUCUGGGGUCUGCAGAGAAAAAUGCUGCCGUUAACAUGUCCCUUGGUUUAGCGAUGGCAAAUGACCCCUCAACACAAACGACGAUGGUCUGUGGUCCAACUAUUCCCAGAGACUGCAAAAGUAUCACCAUGUACAAUGGUUUGUGCUUUGAGAUGGAUAAACAGAAUACCCUUGGAAAGUCUUACACAUCUGUCACUGGAGAAUGUCCAAUCCAAGCUUACAUUGCAUUUCUGUUGGAUGGCUCUGGAAGUGUAUCUGGUGAAGAUUUUAAAAGUAUGAAAGAUUUUGUGAAAGGGCUGAUUAGAUCAUUCCUGGGAAAAGAUACACGGUUUGCCAUUACCCAGUAUUCCUAUGACACAACAACGCAUUAUGACUUUAAUGCUUUUUCACAAGCUCCUUACUGGGAAUCUCAAAUUGACAACAUCAGUCAAAAAAGAGGAGGAACAUACACAGCUGCUGCCAUCGGAAAAGUGGUGAAUGACGUCUUCUUGCCUGAAAAAGGUUCCAGGUCAAGUGCAAAAAAACUUUUGAUCGUUAUCACAGAUGGGGAGUCUCAAGAUAGCGGGGAUUUACCAGCAGCAGCAAGUUUAGCUGAUUCAAAACAGAUUGUUCGAUUUGCUAUUGGGGUGGGGGAUGCAUUCUCGAGCUACAGUGCAACACAAGAGCUCAGAACGAUUGCAUCUCAACCCGCUGAAAAUUUUAUGUUUAAAGUGGGAAAUUUUGCCGCUCUUGACAAAAUACGGGAAAACUUGCAAGACAAAAUUUUUUCUAUUGAAGGAUCUCAAACUGGUGGAGAGGCACUGGAAGAAGAAAUGUCCCAAGAAGGCUUUAGAGCUGUUUAUGUGUCUGGGGAUAUUCAGAUGGCUAUGGUUGGUGCUAACCAGUGGAGAGGAGGCUACAAGAAAUAUUCACUUAGAACUGACUCAAUCAAAGAAUCAUUUCAGCCAACAUCCAUUGAGGCUGACAGUUACCUUGGUUAUUCCAUGGCUGUUGCCAGUACCAGAUUCGGCCCACUGACAGUUAUUGGCGCACCAAGAUAUGAACACAGAGGAGUUGUUUGGACUGUUUUAAAUAAUGUAAAGAGACAGGAAAUCCACCCCUAUCAACCACAGUCUGGUGAAUAUUUUGGGGCAGAGGUUUGUGCCAUGGAUGUAGAUUCUGAUGGCACCAUUGAUCUAAUCCUGAUAUCUGCUCCAAUGUACACAAACAAUGACGGAGAGGGACGGGUUUAUGUCUGCGAAUUAAGUUAUGAGAAUGUGCUCUGUCAUUUUGACCGCCCACCAAGUAUAGUAGUGCUACGAGGGAGCGUGUCUGACAGAGGGAGGUUUGGCUCGUCUCUUGCUGUUCUCCCUGACAUAAAUGCAGACACAUUCAACGAUUUGGCCGUAGGAGCCCCUCUGGAGAAUGACGGUAAAGGCAGCAUCUACAUUUUUCAAGGAGAAGGAGGAAAAAAAAUAAAUCCUAUUUACUCACAGAGGAUCGCUGCCUCAGAAAUCCAACCAGGGCUGAAGUUAUUUGGCAUCUCAAUCAGUCAGUCUUCUUACGACCAGAGUGGUGACGGACUUCCUGACUUAGCUGUGGGUUCAAAGGGAAAGGUCGUUUUGCUUAGAUCCAGACCAGUUGUAACAGUGACUGCCACUGUGUCGUUCAACCCAAAACAAAUCCCAACUCAAAACCCAGACUGCUCGAAACCACUGGCAAGCAAGGCUAACAUCUGCUUUACUAUGAGCAAAUUGUCUGCCAUUAAUGAAGCUCAAGCACAGGUGAAUUUCACUUUAACAUUGGACGCAAACCGUAAGAUACCAAACAACCGGGCUUGGAUCAGCAAAAACGUGAGAGAAAAGACUGGUUCUCUUACUCUCCAGUUAAACAAGGAAACAUGUCACAAUGUGGACUUCUUUAUUGAGGCUUGUCCAGAUGAUGCUCUCAACGCACUCAAUAAUGAGCUUAGAUUCACUUUUGGUGGUUUGCCUUCUGGCACAAAACCUAGACCAAGUCUCUCUCCAAAGGUUCAAAACACAAGUUUUCAUUCUAUCGGGUUUGAGAUCAUUUGUGGAAAAGAUGGAGAGUGUGUGGAUGAUUUGAAGGUGGAUUUCAACUUCACCAGUUCCUCUGUGGUUAAAGUUGGCAUAGAUGAACUUUUGAAUGUGACUGUCUUUGUGGAGAACAGAGGAGAAAACUCGUACAACAGUCGCAUCAUUCUCACAUAUCCAAUUGGGCUGUCCUACAGGAAGUUUACAUCUCUGCAAGGGAGAAUUGAGUGUAACUCUUUGGACAGUGAGGAUGGUGUAACUAGAGGACAGACAGACUGCAGCGUUGACAAACCUAUAUUUAAAAGCAACUCAGUGGCAGUAUUUGUUGUCGCUUAUGGUCACAACACCAACAGUAAACUUGAGAGGAGGAUCUUUGUGACUGCAAACGCCACCAGUGGAAAUAUUAAGCACAUCUCUUCUACUGAACUCUACAAAAUUAACGAGAUUGAUGUAAAAUACAGCAUUUUUAUUACAGUUAAAAGCUCCCUCAGCUACAAUAAUUUCACAUUUGGAGAAAAAGAUUUACAGAAACCUCUUAAACAAGAAAUAAAGGUUGCAAACGUUAUCAGAGCACUAAAUUUUACCGUGGUGAUCAAGGUUCCUGUAAAGCUCGGUGAUAAAGACAUCUGGGAGGACAAAAGCAGUUUUAUGAUUGCAGGUUGUGUGAAGGAUAAAGAUGAAGAACCUGGUGCCAUUGAUUUUGUUAGAAAGAUAAAAGAAAGCAAAAUAUUGGACUGCGCUGUAGCGAGGUGCAGAGUGUUCAGGUGCUCUACGUUCAUGGAAAGGAACACUGACCAAAUGUACAGAAUCUCUGCAAACAUCAGCUCAAGGUGGAUACAACAGAUCGGACUUUCAUCUGCCAAAUUCCGCUUGACCAGUACAGCCAGUCUAGAGUAUGACAACAACCAGUACAUCUUCUACUCUACAACCUUUAACAAUGACCCUCCGGUUCGCAAGAUUGAAGCUGAGAUAGAAGUGUUUCCCAAACCAGAUUUCACUAAAGAGAUUAUAGGAGGAUCUCUGGGAGGGUUGGCCUUUCUGGCUUUACUUACCGCUGGUCUGUACAAGGCUGGGUUUUUUAAGAGCAAAUACAGUGAGAUGAUUAAUGAAAGUGCAGGAGGAGAAGCAGCACAAGAAGGUGAAGGUGUCGCACCAGCAGAAGGAUAAAAUUCAGAUAUUACCUUUUAUUUCCACCCAGUACAUUUAUAACAGGCAUUGUUUCUAUGAAAUGCAUCUGAUGCAUUUUUAAUUUUAGUGAAUGUACCAAACACAAUGUGUAUUUUUCAAGUUCAUCCCUGAGUUAUUUGCUACAUGGAAGUGUGAACAAUAAAUUGUUAAAAGCAUGUAAAAGCAGAAUUGAAGUUGCUCUUUGUAUUAGGGAAGGGUUGACGAUACACUUGCUUUUUAAAACCACAACUGUGGAAACUUAAAUAAACCAUGACUGGGAACUGCAAGGGUGAUGCACAAUGAUGAAUGUAUGGAAAUGCAAUGUAAUGCUUCAGGGGCUUUCAAACAGUAUACUAAAAUGACUGCUAUAUGUUUGUUCUGU